AUGGUUACAUUAACACUUUUACUAAAAUCGUCUCUUCUCCAAUCAACUAUUUAUAGAAUGGAAAGGGUACGAAAAUGUAAUUUGUAUGAUGAAUCCAUUAAAAAAUUAAAUUUACUAAUUUCAAAUGCUCAAACUAUUGAAAAUGCUAGAAAAAAUAAAAUUGAAACACAAAAUAAAAGUUUACCAUUAAUGAGAUCAUACUUUGAUGGAUGUGAUAUAAAUAUAAAUGAUCUUAAUAAAUUAAAUGUUAUUCAUAUAUCUGGUUCAAAAGGAAAAGGUACAGCAUCAGCUAUGGUUGAGGCUAUUCUUAGAGAUAAAGGAUAUAAAACAGGAUUUUUUAGUUCACCACAUUUGGUAAAUGUAACAGAAAGAAUUCGGAUUAAUGGAGAAGAAAUUGACAAAACUCUUUUUAGUACAUAUUUUUUUGAUAUUUAUAAUAAACUUGUUGAUAAAAAUAUUCAACCAUUACCUGGAUAUUUUAAAUUUUUAACUAUUCUUGCUUAUUAUACAUUUUUAAAAGAAAAUGUUGAUGUUGCUAUUAUGGAAGUUGGAAUUGGUGGUGAGUAUGAUAGUACAAAUAUUAUAGAAAAACCUUCUGUUUGUGGUAUUACAACAUUAGAUUAUGAUCAUACAUUAUUAUUAGGUGAUACAUUAAAAGAAAUUGCAUGGCAUAAAGGUGGUAUUAUGAAAAAAUCUGUACCAUGUAUAACAAUUUCUCAAGAAAUUGAAGUAAUGGAUGUUUUGGUUGAAAGAAGUUUAGAAAAAAAAUGUCCAUUAAUUAUAGCAAAACAUUUAGAUGAAAGAUUAAUUGAUGAUCUUAAUCUUACUGGAAGACAUCAAUUAAUUAAUUUAUCAUUAGCAUCACAAAUUGUUAAACAAUGGGAAGAGGAAAUGAAAAAAACAAAUAAAUUUAAUAAUAUAAUAUGUAAAAAUAAUUCUUUAAAUAAUAUACAAUCAAUGGAUUAUUUAAAAAAAGUUUUUAAAAAUUUUUUAUGGAGAGGAAGAACACAAAAAGUUGAGGCAAAUAAUAUUAUAUAUAUGGUUGAUGGAGCUCAUACACAUAAAAGUAUUCAAGUUUGUGGAGAUUGGUUUAUGAAUAAUAUUAUAGAUAAUGAAAGUUAUAUUAAAAUUCUUCUUUUUUCUACAACUGGUGAAAGAGAUAGUAAACAAUUUUUAGAAAUUCUUGAGAAAUGUAAAUUUAAUUUAGUUUUAUUUUCAAGUACUAUUGUUAAAUCUGAUGUUUCUUCUCCAAAUGAUAAAGCAACAUUAACAAGUAACACUACAGGAAAAUAUUAUCAAAAUCAAGAAAUAUGGAAAUCAAUUAAUAAUAGUGUACCAUCUUUUACAUUUCUUACUAUAGAAACAUGUAUACAAUUUAUAAAUAAUUUACGAAAAAAUACACCUAAUGAGGUAAAAAUUUAUGUACUUGUUACAGGAAGUCUUCAUCUUGUUGGUGGAACAUUAUCAAUAAUUGAACAAUAA